AUGGCCUGUCACCAGGACAUUUCAAUGCCAAAGAUUGGACUGAGCAUUGAUGUGAGCAUAACCAGAGUGCCUAAUGCCACUAUAAAGCCUUCCUUUUCUCCCAGAGUAAGGAACAAUUUUCUGCAUGUUCUUCCCAAACAACAAUUUGAUGCCAAUGCCGAGAGAGCAACAGGUAUUGUCUUCGAUGGAACGUCUCUAUAUAUGAGGGGAAAGAGGGUAGGUGCAAUCCCCAUCAAAGAAGCCUUGGACAACUUCCUGCAGUGGCUGAAGAAAUUCAGGGAUGUCGUGUUGGUGGCACAUAACGGAAGGGUUUUUGAUUCCCGUGCUUUAUAUAGUGCUAUUAACAAGUGUAACCUACAGAAAGUAUUCCGAGAAACUGUUACUGCAUUUGUUGACUCUCUUAGUGUCAUGAGAAAAAAUGUUCCAAAGCUUCCAAGUUACAAGCAGAAGUGCCUUGCAAGACAUUUUAGUCUUCCAGACUACAAUGCACACGAUGCAAUCGAUGAUGUUCUUAUGUUAGAGAGGAUUAUCUGUGCUGCAAACUUAAGUAGCUCAACUGUCAUGAAGCACUCAUACAGUAGUGAUUGCCAUUUUCAGGAAGAAAUAUUUAAUGCUGAAAAAUCUAAAAACAUUGGAUCGCUACAUGUGUUGGUCGGUAAAGGUGUCCUGAAGACAAAAUUAGCAGAGAAAAUCGCUGGAUCUGGUCUUGGCCUCUCACACCUAAAGCUCAUCUACGACAGAGAUGGAGAAGAUGGAUUGACCUGUGUUUUGUCCCCCAAAAACUGA